ACACUAGCCCCUGUCAUCCGGAAGGGUGGUACCUGUUCAACUUCUGCAAAUACGUCUUCUGUUGUCUCAUGUCUGUAAAAAACAACAUGGAUCUGCGAGAGUGUUGCUGGAGAGCCUCGAUCAGUCAGUCCUCGACCAUUUGAUCUGUUGGAGCUAAAGAACAUACACAGACGCAGAUCUAAACUCACCUGAUCUGUCUGAAUGUAUGCGUCAGGUGAACGCUGAACCGAGCCGACACUUUUCAGUGCAGCUGACCAAAAGAACAGUGUUUACCAUUACCACUUCCUCCGAACCCCUCGUUUUCCAGCACCAUGAGUGGUCAACCACGGAGGAUCCGUCUGAAGCCAUGGCUGCUGGCACAGAUUAACAGCGGGAAAUACCCAGGACUGCACUGGCUCAAUCAAGAGCGCAGACUGUUCCAGAUCCCAUGGAGACAUGCCACCCGCCAUAUGCCUACCCUGGAGGAGGAGAACACUAUAUUUAAGGCUUGGGCUCUGGAAACAGGCAAGUACCAGGAAGGAGUAGAUGAGCCUGAUCCAGCCAAAUGGAAGGCCAACCUCCGCUGUGCCCUAAACAAAAGCAGAGAGUUCGGACUCCACUACGAUGGCACUAAGGACACCCCCGUUCAACCUUAUAAGAUCUAUGAGGUGUGCGACCAGUCAGUCAAUGGAGAUGCUGGAGACGAUGAUGAAGAGGAGCUGCAAAACUUUGUCAAACUCUCCAUUGACCCUUCCAGCUACUCAGCAUAUCCUACUAGAGUUGACAUUCCGUUCACCUCUUCUAUUGCUGAUGGCUAUAAUCCCACCCACCAUAACCCUCCAAUGAACCUCUUAGGAGAAGUUGUCCAUAAUAACCCCAGUGGAGGUGCUUCUAUGACCUCUCACCUCUCCCAGCCCAGCACCAGACCUUCGACUGGAUCUUUGACUGAAUUUCCCAGUCACAGUGCUGUUAAAGUUGAGCAGACGUCUUAUCCCAUUCAUGGCGGUGGACUUCCGAAUGGUCUGGGAAUGGGGACUGGAUCCAUACCACCACCUGGUCUUCAAGAUGUAGUCACUCAUUCUGUAGGCCCUCCAGACAUAGUGGACAGCCCAAUGCAAGAGGUGCCAGCUCAAGCGGAGAACCAGGUUCAUCCCUGCAUCUCAGAGUUGCUGAGCAGUCCACACAUGUUACCCUUGACUGAUCUGGAUAUCAAGUUCCAGUACAGGGGUCGGACAGCUGGUUCUCUGACUGUCAGUAACCCUCAGGGUUGUAGACUUUACUACGGUAACCUGGCGCCCACACCAGAGCAAGUAGAGCUGUUUGGUCCGGUAACACUGCAGCAGGUGCUGUUUCCAGGAACCGCUGAGAUCCAGAACGAGAAGCAGAGGUUCUAUACUGACCAUCUGCUGGAUGUGAUGGACCGAGGGCUUAUCUUGGAGAUCAGGGGACAAGAUAUCUACGCCAUCAGGCUGUGCCAGUGUAAAGUGUUCUGGUCUGGACCAGGUGUACCAGAGCAGGGUCCGCCCAAUCCAAUGGAAAGAGAAAUGAAGAUCAGGGUCUUCAGUCUGAACAACUUCCUUCAGUGUCUCAUUUUGUAUCAGAAAGGAGAGACGCCCACUCCACCUCCCUUUGAGAUCUACUUCUGCUUCGGUGAAGACUGGCCAGACAGGAAGCCCAAGGAGAAAAAGCUCAUCGUUGUCCAGGUUGUUCCUGUUGUUGCAAGAAUCCUUACAGAGAUGUUUUCAGGCGAGCUUUCGUGGUCGACAGACAGCAUUCGUUUGCAGAUCUCCAACCCUGACCUAAAAGACCAAACAGUGGAGCAGUUCAAAGAACUCCACAGACUUCUGCAGAGUCAAAACUCACACCCCACCUGGGCUCAAAACAUACAUUAACUGAAAAAGGAACCUAUUUUUUCCUUCCCCAAAUGUCAUCUUGCUAAUUGGCUGCUCAGAAUUGGAGGACCUUUUGAACACUGGAAUAUAUAGGGUGCCCUCUCUGAUGCCAUACUGAAAACAUUUCCACUGGAGACCAAACUUGACAUUUCCCCCCCCCCCCCCUCCUUUUUUUGUCUUCAUGUAAACUGGUCUUUUAAACUGUUAAAAUUUCAAUAAAUACCAUUGCAGUAUUUUAAA